AUGGUUACCAGAUUUUUCAAGGAGAUGGGGAUCGAAGAUUACCCUACCAAGUACGAAAUGGGAGCUGGAACCUUCUACAGGGGCGACAAUCUAGUGGAUAAGCCGGGUAUCAAGAAGAAGCCGGGCAUCAAGAAGAAGCAGGACGUCCAUGUUAUCGAAGUGUUCCACAGUCUAAAGAAACAGAUUCUCUGGAUCUGGUCCCGUGACGUGGAUGGGUUCCGGGACAAUGAACUCGGGAAAUUGAAAGAGGUAAACGAAACAGUGGAAUCUCAACGACUCUACCGGAAAUGGGAGGACACAUGGGUUGAGAUUGCAAACGCUCAAGAGGGGGAAGUUGGAACUGCGAUAAGUAAGAUUACACACAUGGGGCUUAGGGCCGAAGAGAUAACCACAAAAGAGAAUGAAAAGAGAGGCGUCAAGUUGCGUGUGGUAUAUCUCGAGGAUAUCACAGAUCCUAGGCUUUUAGGGCACGUUUAUUCCAACUAG